AUGCGUACACUGGUACUUCCUUUUUCCGGCGUGCAAACAUGGCAGGUGGCAAGCUUCAGAAGUUGACCAAAGAAGAGGAGCUUUUACUCCAGGAUUUCAGUAGAAAUGUGAGCACAAAAUCCAGUGCUUUGUUCUACGGAAAUGCUUUCAUCGUCUCAGCCAUACCUCUUUGGCUAUUUUGGAGGGUGCACCAAAUGGACCCGUACCAGUCAGCCAUUUUGUUUGUCAUCAUGACCAUGAUCAGCACAUGGCUGGUGGCAUUUGCCUACAAAAAUGUGAAAUUUGUCCUGAAACACAAAAUUGCCCAAAAGAGGGAAGAUGCCGUCACCCGCGAGGUCAUGAAGAAAGUUGCUGAUGACAAGAAAAUGUCCAAGAAGGAGAAAGAUGAGAGAAUCCUGUGGAAAAAGAACGAGGUCGCCGACUACGAGGCCACGACUUUCUCCAUCUUCUACAACAACUCCCUGUACUUGGUGUUAAUCAUCCUGGCCUCCUUCUAUCUGCUGAGGACCUUCAACCCCACCGUCAAUUAUAUAGUUUCAGUUUUGGCGGCUGGAGGACUUCUAGCAUUAUUUUCUACGAGCACACCUGCCAAAUAGAGACCAGAUAACUUAAUGAACAUGACAUUUAUAAUACUUUUCUAUUGAAUAUAUAAUUAAUAUUGUCAAAAAUUAAAAAUUGAGAGAAUGAAUUUGCAUUCCUAUAUUGGGUGUAUGUCCACAAGGAUUCGUUUGUAAGAUGUUGCUGUAUUUUUUAAGCCAGUGAAAUGCCAUAGAAAUCUUUGACAAGAAACGUUGAAAAUGUGACAAAAAUGACAUUUUAGACUUACUUACUAAAUAUGCUUGUGUUAAAAGGUGAACAAAUAAAAUAUUAUGACCAAAUAAA